AUGGCUCAGCGUCAGCUCUCCCGCACGCUCCCCAAGAACUUCACCUUUCCCUCUCUCAACGCAGAUGAGCCUCGCACUCCCGAGCGCGAGCUCCAUCAAAUUGAAGUGCCUCCACCACCGCGACACUCCAUCUCCAGUGCGCGCCUGCCUCGCGUGCGCGCCCGCGCCGGUACGGAUGUCUGUGAGCGCAUCAACCUGGAUCUCUUCCGCUUUCAAGGUGCCCGUACCUCACCAGAUGUCCCUGUGCCCUCCAUUGAGUUUCCCUCCCGGGAAUCCUCCCCCUUGAACGCGUUGGAGUCGGGCUACCUCACCAAUGACGACCGCUUCCUGGCACCUCCUCGCCAGCGCAUGAUCUUCAGAACACCACCCUCUCAGAUCCGUGGCACUACAUCCGACCUGAGCGACGCAGAACAUAUGUGGCCUUCAUGGGAUGAGACGCCAGGACUGGCGCGCGGAAUCGCGCGUCCCGGGUCCUCCUGUUCGGAUUCAUCAUGUGAGUCGGUGGAAACCUUGGCAUCUCGUCCCUCGGUGGGCGGGAGCUGCACCAGCAUGGAGAGUGACUGUCUUGAACUUCAUUACCCGCUGGAAUUCUCCAAGGAGUCGGACCAGGAAUCCCCUUGUCGGGCCUCAGGCCUGCCCUGUGAGCAGAAAACCUAUGCCAAGGAUAAGACCUGGACGCGCGAGAUGGACAAUCACCUCUGGAACACCUUCCAGCUGUACCUGCAGGAUCCCACCAUUACGCCCUUCAAGCAGACUCCUGGGAGUAUCCCGCCGCUCGGAGUGACUGCUCGAGUGGCGCGUCGUGCCCGACGCACCUGGGACACCAGAAGAUUGCCUUUUGCCCAACCUCCUCGCACCGAAUCAAACGCGCAGAGUGGUAGUUCCACGCCGCGUGCGCAGGACUCGGGUUCGCAGCCAGCGUGGCCACGGUCGGAUGCAAAGACCCGGGGUCGACUGAAGCUACUCUGCCGCCGCAGGUUCUCCAUCUCGCCUCACUACCAUCGCAUCAUGCAAUCUCGCACCCCCGAGCCCGUAGUCCACAUAGACGGCGCCCCGUCCGCGCCCGCCCACGAGGUGUAUCAUGAGAGCAAUCCGUACGCCACCCGUGACCUUGGAGUCUCCCUCGUCUCCACCCACAACACCGCUGUCCUGGCCGGUCUUGCAGAGCAGCAGCCGUCGGGGCAGCAGCAUCUGGAAUGGUUCAACAAUGUCGUUGAGCCGGUCGUCCAGCCAGCUCGCCCGGUUGCUCACUCCAUGCCGGCUCCCUCGCACCAAAACCUCCCAUUCCCGGCAAUGGAUAUGCACGACAUGCCUCCGCGCCUGGGAUCACCCUUUGUGUACAGCACUUGGGGACCCGGAGGCUCACAUUCACAAAUUGGACGUACACCUCCGGCACCCAGACGAGAGACCAUCCACGUUCCCCCUCGUCGAUCGCGGCGGUUCACCUGUCUGGACUCGAGCACGACACAUCCGGACGAUGUUUUCGCUAAUGACACCAGAACGCAUGGAACGACUGGUUUGGAUGAGCACGAAGAGGAUGACGCGGAAGUGCAUGACCGCUUGGAGCACUUUCUCCGCGAGAACAAGUGUCAAAGUAUGGGCAAAGGCCGUGUUCGUAUUCGGAACCGUGGGGCCACCACGUCUGGGGCUGUCCCGCCUCGGGACGUCGAUCAGCUUUUCUCACCUCCGUCUUCCGCGACCUCUUCUCACAAUGAAGACACCACUCCCGUGUCCAAGCCGCUGGCAAAUCCUCUCUUGAAUAUUGGUGGAGAGCACAUCAAGCGUCUUGGCUCGCCAUUCAAGCUUGACACCGCCCUCAAGCGGCGCGAGGCACCCAAGCGAGGUGGUCGGCAUACUCCCUCACUGUCAGAACCCUUUGUGAACUAUGCCGCCUUUAGCCCGCGGAUGGGCCCGUCUCUGAAUUUGACCCCGUACCCAGAACAUGAGAAGCUCGCUGCGCCGCCGAUGCCUCAUCCCUUUGAAGACGGCCUCUCAGAUGCCGAACGCAUUCGCCGGCAGAUCCUGAUGCGCAAGUAG